AGCUAGGUAUUCGAGAGCUGACCAAUUUUAUGCAUCUUAUCCGGCUGGAACGGAGCUUUUAACGGACACAGCUAAGUUGUAUAAAGCAGCACAUGGGAAUUGCUUUGAGGCAGAAGAGUGGGGUCCGAUGGAAUUCUGCAUCAUGGCUAAACACUUUGAGCGUCGAGGGAAAUCACCCUAUGCUUGUCAUUCGGACCAGGCAAAUGGUUGGUUAUCUAAUAGAUGAAGAUGAAGAUGAAGAUGACAAUGCUGAAGCUUUACAAUUUGAUUUCAAUACAAUAAGAAUUGCAACUGACAACUUCUCCAGCGUGAACAAACUUGGAGAAGGUGGAUUUGGUGCUGUUUAUAAGGGCAGGCUUCAAAAUGGAAAAGAUAUAGCUGUGAAGAGGCUUUCGACAAAUUCUGUUCAAGGGGAGCCGCAAUUUAAGAAUGAAGUUAGGUUACUGGCAAGACUUCAACAUAGGAAUUUGGUUAGGCUACUAGGUUUUUGCUUGGACGGAAAUGAAAGGCUUCUCAUCUAUGAGUUUGUUCCUAACUUAAGCCUUGACCGCUUCAUAUUUGAUCCAAUCAAGCGAUUACGACUUGAUUGGGACACAAGAUACAAAAUCAUAGGGGCAAUUGCAAGAGGAAUUCUUUACCUUCACGAAGAUUCUCGAUAUCGAAUAAUUCAUCGUGAUUUAAAAACUGCCAACAUUCUAUUAGAUGAAGAAAUGAACCCUAAAAUUUCAGAUUUUGGGCUAGCAAGGUUGUUUGCAAAUGAUCAAAGUCAAGCUGAUACAGGAAGAGUUGUUGGAACAUUGGGAUAUAUGGCUCCAGAGUACACAAGAAGAGGGCAUUUUUCAACUAAGUCUGAUGUUUAUAGCUUCGGGGUGCUAGUUUUGGAGAUCAUCAGCGGGCAAAAAAUCCAUUCAUGGAUUGGGGAAGAUGGGGAGGAUCUUCUUACUCAUGCAUGGAAACAUUGGAUGGAGGGGACUGCUCUAGAUUUGAUAGAUCCCAUUUUGAGAGAUGGUUCCAAUGGCGAAAUGAUGACAUGUAUCCAGAUGGGCCUACUAUGUGUUCAGGAAAAUGUUGCUAAAAGACCAACCAUGGCUUUAAUUAUUUUAAUCUCCAAUCCAUCGUCUGAUUCCGGCAACCUGCUUUCCACCCAAAUCUUCCCACUUGCAGUCAAAAUACAGCAAAAGGUUCCCACCUUCGAGCACACAAUGUGUUUGAUAUAAUGUCUCAACGACAAAGUACACUUCCUCUCUGAAGGUCUUACAUUUCCUGCUACAAUUUGAGCUUCGGGAUAAAGCCAACCAUGUUUUUCUAUGAUCUCUAUGAUGGGU